AUGAUGACCAUGACUACGAUGGCUGACGGUCUGGAGCCUCAGGACUCGUCCAAGUCUGCGUUCAUGGAGUUUGGGCAGCAGUCGCACUCACAGCAGAGCUCUCCGUCGAUGGCCGGCGGACACUACCCGCUGCACUGUCUCCACUCCGGCUCACACGCGCACCACCAGCACGACAACACCGCGUACACCGGGACCAACACCUACAACAGGUCGUUACCCUACCCAUACGUGAGCCACGCGCACCACAGCCCGUACCUGCCGUCCUAUCACAACAACACGGGAGGACAGACAAGGUUAGACGGCACAGGUAAGAGACCCCCCUUUUGUCCAUCCACCGGCGCCUGGCAGACCGUCUUUUAAAUAUGGGUGGCCCUCAAAGUGGGAAUCAAACCUUUUCUCUCUGCCAGUGUUGGUGUCAUGCCCGAGUCACCGCGCGGCCACUCCAAAUUCGGACGAAUGAUCUUUCAGGCGUAGGUGUGGGCGAUUACACCGAAGGAAAAUCGUGCGUAAAUGGCACCGGAUAAUUCCUUGAUCUAGCCUAUUUUCAGUCCCUCCAGCCUGUGAUUUUUCUGUCCUGUUCCGCUCUCCUGUCACUUCCCACAAAACCCGCUCCAAUGCCCGGGCUGUGAUCAUGCACGAGCGUGCAAUCCUCACCAACUACUCGUGAAAAUUAGGCAGCACGCACGCCCCGAAUGUUGUAAUUAGCAUUUAAUUGACAUGUCAUUACGAGCAAUAUCCUAAAUAUGACAGCGUAUGAGGAUUGUGGCUGCCAUGCCGCUUCGAGGCAAUCUGAUCAGCCAGGAUUUAUUAUUUUAGACGGUUUCAUGCAAGGCUGUUGAAUUUAUCUCCUCCUUCACGGAUUAUUUCAGCCGUUUGACGCUUCAUCGUACCACCCUGCACGCACAGACACACAGAUGUAAUCCAGGCUGUUGGUUUUGAAUAACAUUGAUUGUUUUUGUUGCAGAGCAGCAGAAAACGACGGUGAUUGAAAAUGGGGAAAUUCGUUUUAAUGGAAAAGGCAAAAAGAUUCGCAAACCUCGGACAAUUUAUUCCAGUUUGCAGCUGCAAGCACUGAACCACCGUUUCCAGCAAACACAGUACCUCGCUUUACCGGAGCGUGCGGAGCUGGCUGCCUCUCUGGGACUGACACAAACCCAGGUAUGAGGGGGGGAUUUAUACUCUUUAUUUCUACAGUAAAUUAGCCUGCCUGUAAUUGUAUUUAAGAUUAAAUUAUUAUUAAUAUUCCUAUUUAGCUUUGUUCCAAUUUACUUUUUUUUUCCUGGUGUAAAACCCUGAAUUCCCACAUUUUGCAGGUUUUACGCAUCCUCACUCAUACUCCUGUCCUCCACUAAUUACACGCACCCCUCUCCUUUUCACCUCCAGGUAAAGAUCUGGUUCCAGAACAAGAGGUCAAAGUUCAAGAAGCUGCUCAAGCAAGGCGGCAACCCGCACGAGAGUGACCCUAUCCCGGGCUCCAUGUCCCUUUCCCCGCGCUCCCCGACCAUCCCUCCUAUCUGGGACGUCUCGGCCUCUUCUAAAGGAGUAAACAUGCCGGCUAACAGUUACAUGCCCGGCUACUCUCACUGGUACUCCUCUCCACAUCAAGAUUCAAUGCAGAGAUAG